CAGGAUGGUGACGCUCUACGCAGGAAGCGUCCAGUGAACCAUCGUGACAGCCUGUGUGUGACUGUAAACAUGGCGCCGUGCACGGCUACAGGGCUGUGCUGUUUUACACCCCGUUUCUAGCUAGCCUGAGACGCACACAACCUAACCAUGGAGACAGAAGAGGAACAACACAUGACGACCCUCCUCUGCAUGGGUUUCCCAGAUCCUGUUGCUAUACGUAAGGCGCUACGCCUGGCGAAAAACGACAUCAACGAGGCUGUGGCGCUCCUGACCAACGAAAGCCCCGGGCUUGGGUAUGGAUAUGAGCCGAUGGAGAGUGGCCCUGCCCCGGGCCCCUGCCCCAGUGGAGACGGGGAGACCAGCGGGCGGACUGGGACUGGAGGGUUUGACCCACCUCCCGCUUACCACGAUGUGGUGGAGAGUGAGGUAAGGCUGAAGGAUGGUAGCUCGCUGGCUUCGUUAGUUAGCUAGAACACCAUCACCAAGCUAGUUAGCAUCAAAAGCUAGCGAUGCCGGCUAGAUAGGGAGAAAGGGCUCGCUCAUAGCAUUCCAAAGCGCGCUGCACUCAUGCCUUGCUGUCAAAAUAGGGAGGGAAAAAGCGCGGCUUGCGCUACUUAAUUUCUCAAUUGUCGGGCUGCAAAAUUCGACAGACUCCGGCUAGUUGAAUUGCAUAUUCAGUACUUUGAUGAUCAGUAUUGAAAUUGGGUGCACUAACCAACAUCAGAAACGUAGAUGUGCCUAGCUUGUUGGUUACUGUAGCUAGCUAUCCCAGCGCUUGGGGGAGGGGAUAUGGUCGAUGCGCGAAUCUACAUGGGCAAACCAGCGGGUUGGUUAACUUUAAACAACUAGUUAGUGUUUUGCAAUAGUUGCCGAUAAAGGUCUGCAGAGAGUGAAUGUGGUGAUCUCCGCACUCUUGGGAAAAUGCACGUCUGCAUACAACUGAGUAGAAUAUAGUGGAGCUACCUUACCAACGUAGCUACGCUAGCUGGCUAAAUAGCGGUAACGUUACUAGAGGAGUGAGACGCUGCGAUUUCGCAACCGCCUGUGGCUAAACUGAUAUGGCCAUUUUGUGCUAAACAUUUUAUAAUCAAAGCUCUUUAAACUGUUCCUAGUCCACUGACAAUGUGAUGUCUCACGUACCCGUCAGAACCACAGGUCUACAUUUCUGAACACCAGCUUGCCAGAAGAUACCGAGCCUACCGUUAUGCUUGUUUACACUGAGCUGCACUGGUGUUGGAACACAAUCAUGGUUACAUACAAGUGGAAUUGGCAGCGUUUUAGCAACAUGAAAUCUUAUAAAAAUCUCUUCAGAUACAACGGCAGGAAGAAUGUGACACUUUUAAAAACAUUUGCUGACAAGCGAGCGCUUAGAUAUGGUCAUUUUCACGUUUUCAUAAAUUCAUAGAAUGUUUGUGAAUGAGGUAUAGUAAGGCAUUUGUGAAAAUUCUAUAGCAAUAUAGAAUGGGAAAGCAGCUGUGCGUUUGGACAAUUAAUAGACACUACAGUAAAUAAAAUGUAAUAAAAACAUCAGUCUUGUCCAGGACCAGAUUCUACGCAGACCAGUGCACCAUAGCCAAUCAGAGCUACAGUAGGCCUAUAUGCAAAUAAACCAUUUGCCACACAGGCCUGCCAUCAUUCACUUUGAACUGGACUGUCUUUACAGGCAGUAGCAACAGAGCGAUUUUAGAUAAUUAGAACGCAUUUGCCAAAAGCUACAAAAUACACCUGAAUGGAUUUCUGCAAAUAUGUAAAUACCACAGGAGUCUUAUAUUUUGGAACUUCACAGUCCUAUUGAUCAAACCAUGAAAAGUUAGGCUAUCUCUCACUCAGUUGCUUAUGCACAUCAACAACAACAAAAAGAUCAACAACUAAUGCUAGCCAGAGCGAGAUGAGGUAAAAUAUAAUGAGGGAACAUUGGAUAAACCCUCUCAGUUUGUUGGCCAUCAAAAUUGCACUGAUAAACGAUGGGGAAUAGUAGCCUGCUCGUUCUUCUGCAGCUUGCCUUCCAAUGCAUGCUUGUCCCAACCCAUGUUUUGACAACUGAAUGGGAACUUGCCUGCCCACCCAUUUGAUCGAUGCCAAAUGCAUUUGAUAUGCUAACUGUGGAUAACAGUCAUUCAAGUUCAGCAUAACUAGCUAGCUAGCAAAGCGAUUCACAUUUCUUGCUAGCUAACCAAAUGACACCUGCAGCUCUAGCUAUAGCCACCGAAAAAACGAUGUGAGGGGAAAAAGUCGGUCACUCACCCACUCCUCCAAUGACAUCACAUCCUCCCAGAAGCUAGCUAGUUAACAUUAGGCUCUGUGUUUUUAGCUUGCUAAAUAAAUAGCUAGCUACGUAAAUAGAUACGUUAGCCCAGGGGUCUCAAACUCAAUCAGCGCACAGGCCGUAUUGAAAAAAACAAAUUCACAGGCCAGACAUAGCCAAUUUGUUUUACAAAAAAAACUUGCAACUGCGACCCAAACUGGCCAUUGUUUUAUUAGAAAAAAUUUGGCCCUUUUUAUAAUGUCCACUUAUGUACAUAGGAUGUUGUAUAGCAUUUUAACAUAUUAAAACAAAAGAAGAGAUACAUAAUAUUUGUCCAGCCUUUACUGCUAUGCUUGCAGAUGUGCAUAAUCAAAAAGUAUUUCAUAACUCCAAAUAGCAAAUGUACCGAUAGGAUGUUGUAACAUUUAGCUCAGUUGGUAGAGCAUGGCGUUUGCAACGCCAGGGUUGUGGGUUCGAUUCCCACGGGGGGCCAGUAUGAAAAUGUAUGCACUCACUAACUGUAAAUCGCUCUGGAUUAGAGCGUCUGCUAAAUUACUAAAAUGUAAAUGUAACUUUUUGGAGACCAGACCAAAUUCACAUAGAAAUGUGAGUUAUAGAUCUAUCAUUCUACUUGAAAGCAAGUCUAAGAAGCGGUAGAUCUGUUCUAAUUUUGGUUAUGGAAAAUAUAUUUCAUAGCAGUUUAGAUGGUUCAAUGAUUCUCUACACUAUGCUAGCUUAUUUUGUCACAUAAACUGAAAUUAGACGAACUAUUAGAGUUUUAGCAACCAGGAAAUACUGGAGCAAUUUCUGCAUAGAUCAACUUUAAAACAUUUAAAACAUUUUUUUGCACUGCAUGGAUCACCGGUGCGGUUGAAUGUAUGGUGCACUCAAAAUGUAUUGUAUACUGAACAAAAUCAUAAAUGCAACAUGUAAAGUGUUGGUCCCAUGUUUCAUGAACUGAAAUAAAAGAUCCCAGAAAUUUUCCAUACGCACAAAAAGCUUAUUUGUCUCAAAUGUUGUGCACAAAUUUGUUUACGUUCCUGUUAGUGAGCAUUUCUCCUUUGCCAAGCUAAUCCAUCCACCUGACAGGUGUGGCAUAUCAAGAAGCUGAUUAAACAGCAUGAUCAUUAAACUGGUGCACCUUGUGCUAGGGACAAUAAAAGGCCACUCUAAAAUGUCACACAACCCAAUGCCACAGAUGUCUCAAGUUUUGAGGGAGUGUGCAAUUAGCAUGCUGACUGCAGGAAUGUCUACCAGAGCUGUUGCCAGAGAAUUGAAUGUUAAUUUCUCUACCAUAAGCCGCCUCCAACGUCAUUUUAGAGAAUUUGGCAGUACGUCCAACCAGCCUCACAAGCGCAGGCCUCACAACCGCAGACCACGUAUAACCACACCAGCCCAGGACAUCCACAUCCGGCUUCUUCACCUGUGGGAUCGUCGGAGACCAGCCACCUGGACAGCUGAUGCAACUGAGGAGUAUUUCUGUCUGUAAUAAAGCCCUUUUGUGGGGAAAAAAUCAUUCUGAUUGGCUGGGCCUGGCUCCCAAGUGGGUGGACCUAUGUCCUCCCAGGCCACCCAUGGCUGCACCCCUGCCCAGUCAUGUGAAAUCCAUAGAUGAGUUCCUAAUGGAUUUAUUUCAAUUGAAUGAUUUCCUUAUAUGAACAGUAAAAUCAUUGAAAUUGUUGCAUGUUGUGUUUAUAUUUUUGUUCAGUAUAGUUGAGUAGCCAGCCUAGGUUACUGCUCAAAUGUUGCUGUAAUAGGCCUACAUGUUUCUCCUUUGCAUGUUGUUUUGUUGCAGGUUUAGUUUUUAUUCAUUGGCAAGCUUUAAAAACCGAAGCUAGACUGCAACAAUUUAAUAGCCUGUACACUUUCCCUGCGCUGUAAACGGGCACACUAAAGCAGCGCAAUUGACGUUGAAUUCACCGAUGCAAGCGCAUCAGGUGGUCCUCUGUAGCUCAGCUGGUAGAGCAGGGCGCUUGUAACGCCAAGGUAGUGGGUUCGAUCCCCGGGACCACCCAUACAGUCAUGCGUGCAUACAUUUUUGUGUAAGUCGCUUUGGAUAAAAGCGUCUGCUAAAUGGCAUAUUAUAUUAUAAUUUCAUAAUGUAGAUGACUCAACUGCUGACUCAUUUAUACUCGCUUGUGUGUCCUAUUCGGCCCGCGGGCCUUGUGUUUGACACAUGCGCUAGCCUAUUAACCACAUUAUGACUGACUUGUGAUCAUUGUCCUUGCUAAUUUGAUUGUAUUGACAUUCCCAGCCUUAGUUACAGUCGUCAGUUUUUUGUUCAAAAUAUUGAGUCAUUGAAACAGUGCAUCUCGAAUGGGUGGAGGCAGCAAACGAUCUACCUGACAACCUGAUAGCAAUAUUCUUUGGACUACUAAGAAAUGUAUUGGUGAAUUAUAUUCAUCAUGCAUUGACGGCCUACACCGGGUUUGGCCGGUGUAGGCCGUCAUUGUAAAUAAGAAUUUGUUCUUAACUGACUUGCCUAGUUAAAUAAAGGUUAAAUAAAAAAGAAAUACAAAAAACUGCAUCCAUCUAUGCUGCCAACAAUGCCUUACUGUACGUCAUGGAAUUUUUUGUAAAAUCGAACUAUUUUGUAAACCUCUUAUAAAGUUGGUUUUGAAGCAUAAACUGGGAAUUUCAUAUUUUUGACUGAUGUUAUGAUUGUCUGUUUGUUUCAUAUCUGCAAAGUAGUUAAAACGUUGUCAGUUCCACUUUAAAGGCUCCUCAUGGUCAAUCCCAUACUAUCUCUAACCGGCACAGCCAGAAGAGGACUGGCCACCCCUCAGAGCCUGGUUCCCCUCUAGGUUUCUUCCUAGGUUCCUGCCUUUCUAGGGAGUUUUUCCUAGCCACCGUGCUUCUACAUCAGCAUUGCUUGCUGUUUGGGGUUUUAGGCUGGGUUUCUGUAUAGCACUUUGUGACAUCUGCUGAAGUAAAAAGGGCUUUAUAAAUACAUUUGAUCGAUACAGCAUUUACUGUGAUGGGGCCUCCACAGAAGUCAGAGCAUUCAUACUUCUUGCGCUUAAAUUGGUCUGCACCGCAGCACUCGUAGUGAUUCAGGGCUAAUCUCUACAACCAUCCAGCUAAUUACAAGCAACUGGCUAAACGAAAAGACAAGACCUUACCUCUUCUGAGAUGUUGGAGUCCGUUUCCCGGUGCUUGACAUAGGAGCUCAGCCAAGAUAGCAUGAAGUAAAAAGACUGCACAGUUUUCCCACCUGCAUCUCCAUCCCAAAUCUCCCCAUUGCCCCCCAAGCAAAUUUAGCCUAAGUUUAGGCUAUUGUUUCUAUGUGUAUUUCACACUAUGUCCAGGUAAAAAUUGGAGUAGAAUGCUUGUAUGGAUGUCAACCCCAAUACAUGUUCAUGUCAUCAAUCAACUGCAUUACAGUUAAAAACUACUUUGACUACAACCACCAAUUUCGGUAUGCUAGCUAUGCUACCAGCUUAUGCAAAUGGCUGUUAGCAUUUAGCAGUCACUUUUUCUACACCUGAAAAGGGACGACUUCUAAAUGUUAUGCAGUGAAAACAGACAAAUAUAUCCAAAUCGGAUUUUAGUAAUCACAUUGUGGGCCUGUUACAAUGCCUUUAUCAUGACGGAUUUGACAAAUAUCCACUUUGUUAGAUCAGAUUUGUUAAAUUUGCGCCAAUCCACCAUCCUUCUAUCCCCCACGGUCUACAUUCCAUUGACCUCUUUACCGCAUCUAUUCCCAUUACCUCCCCGAUCUCUUUCCAGGAGAUCUCUUUCCAGGAGUUUUUCGUGUCUUUGAAAUCCCUACACAAGGUAUCAUAAAGAUUUGUAUUUAUUUGUGAAGUUGUUCUGAUAGCCUUUCUUCAAAGUUCUCCAUGUUUGUUGUCAAGGAAGUGAGUUUGCGUUUAUACAGGAUGUACCGCCUCCACCUACCGUGAACCAAUUAUGUCAAUGCGGAGCUAUACGGAGCCCUCCAUAUUGUUACAACAUUUGGGAGGCGCACAGCAUCGCCGUACAGAGCUCAUUUUGGCCUCUGCAAGCCUCUGGAGGUUCCGCAAUUGCGUCACACCCUCUGUACGGAGCCUCCGGACCGCAAUGCAGGAUCAAACAUAAAUUGGCCUUUAGACACCGUGGAGCUGGCGCAAGAUAUGGGUCGGAAACUUACCUCAAUGCAGGGAUGAGAUUAAUCCAAUAUUGGACUAAAGGAGCCUAACGUUACUCCUUAGCCCAUGUUCUGUUUAAAGGCGAAAUUGCUCUGCUAGCCAAAACCGACAAAUACUUAAUCUAAACGUGAAUAGAUUCUCAAUUGCGGUACGGUUCUAGAGAUUAUAAAGUAAUAAUAAUAUGCCAUUUAGCAGACGCUUUUAUCCAAAGCGACUUACAGUCAUGUGUGUAUAAAUUUUUACGUAUGGGUGUUCCCAGGGAUCGAACCCACUACCCUGGCAUUACAAGCGCCAUGCUCUACCAAUUGAGCUACAGAGGACCACAGGGAAGGAAAUAAUUUCACAAAUACAAAAUACACACAAUAUGGCAGUGUGGGAAUACUAACCCUAUAAACGUGUGUAGCAAUUUAACCUUUAGUGUUUAGAAAAUGAUUUCUCACUGAUAUGAAAGAUAAGGUCCUUUAUGUUUCCAAAACCGUACCGUAAGUGAUGCGUGUCAAUGUUCAGACCGAGCGUCUGGGCUCUUAACAAAACUCCCCCGUACAGAAGACGCCUUCAUCCAUUGACUCUUAUGUGUAAUCUAAUGGAACUGAGAGUCAUGAUCAAGGGCUAGGAUGGGACAUGCCACUGUACUCCAAAUUGUACCUUUAUCCAUACUGCUCCAUCGAGAAGAUUGAAAUACAUUUACAUUUUAGUCAUUUAGCAGACGCUCUUAUCCAGAGCGACUUACAGUUAGUGAGUACAUACCUCAUUUAUUAUUUAUUUUUAUACUGGCCCCCCAUGGGAAUCGAACCCACAACCCUGGCAUUGCAAACACCAUGCUCUACCAAUUGAGCUACAUCCCUGCCGGUCAUUCCCUCCCCUACCCUGGACGACGCUGAGCCAACUGUGCGCCGCCCCAUAGGUCUCUCGGUCGCGGCCGGCUACGACAUAGCCUGGAAAAUACUGCUGGUUUUCCUGGAAAACUGACUUUUCGUCCUCAUUCUAGCUAGCAGUAGCCACCGCAGCCAUUUUGGAAUUCGAUUCUCACGAUUCUAUGAUUUUAUUGCGAUUCGAUGUUCCAAACAUAUUGCUGCUGCAGAGGGACAAGGGAGAGCCAUGAUAAAAUGAGUUUUGAUCAGUCAUGGAAAUAAAUGCUCUAAACAAAUUGUCUCCCUAUUGAAAAAUAAUUUGGAAAAAUACUGGAAUUUUGGUACAGCAAACUAGCAACAAAAAAAAAUAUUGCGAUAUUGUCAAAACGAUACGACAUAUCAUCUAAAAUAAUAUCCCAAUACGCAACUGUAUCGACUUUCUUUCCCCCCAUCACUAGUGGCAUAUCCCAUAUCUGCAUUGAGGUACGUUUUCCGACCCAUAUCUCACGCUGGCUCCACGGUGUCUUAAUGUAACCAUGAUUCCGUUCCGACCUCAGUGCAGCUCAAUGUAAACAAGCGUAACUGUAGGGUCGGUAUCUUCUUGGAAAAACACCAGCAUAGCUGCAGUCUUAGCGAACUAGCUAGCAUCAAAUGUUUCCAGCUAGCUAUUUUCUGAACAUUAACGUUACAAUGCCUGCAAAUACAACUAGCUAUCUAGGUAAGCGCUUAUCAAAACACUGUUCAAUAAGCACCUACCUAGCUAUCUAGUUAAAAUACACGCUGAUUGGAGACAUCAGCAUGUAUUUCUGAAUCUCAGUGUGUCACUAGAGUUUUGCAUCUAAUGCAUUGAUUCAGUAUCGUAUACAAUCUCACUGUUUCAUCAUCCUGACAUUUGAUCGGUUGUUUGACACAAUUGUCCUGUGACGACCUCAGCUGGAGGACAGCUGUCAAUCAUGUACAGAAUACAGCUGUCAAUCAUGUACAGAAUAGGGGGAGGGGGUGGGUGCUUCAACAGCAGGUCAACAGUUGUCUGUUUUCACUCAGUAAAUGCCAUGCAUAGAGAAUGCACACCUGGAGAUGCAGUAGUGCAAAUAAUUUGACUUCCAAACUGGACUGGUGAAGGUGAAUGGUUAUGGCUCUCACUUAUCCAGUUUGCUCAGAUCAGUGCUAAUGAAGAAGAAAAUGCCUCAGUAGACUAUUGAAAGGAAGGAGAGGAGAGGAAGCCACUGUAGUGAGGAUGAAGCUAGGGGAGGAGAGAUGAACGGCAGAGGAGCAGAGAGGAGAAGAGGAGAGGAAGCCUAAUGCCUAAUGUGUAGCGGCCACCAGGUGUGUAUCUCUCUAGGGUUAGGGUGGGUACGUCUCUGUUCGCUACACACAGUAGAUCAUGUCAGAUGUAUUCAUCGCUGUGGGAAAAAGUGUGUAGGGUGACGUUGAUCACCAGGGUGUGGGCAUGUGUGUGUCUGGUGUUGUUGAUUUAGUGGGAUGUUUCUGUGCUGAAGACAAGCGGUCCCUAAGAAGAAACAUGACACCGGGGUUACAUUCAGUAGGGCACAGUGUUGCAAAAUGUUCUGAAAUGUUUUUAAAUGUACCCCAUUUUCCAGGAACAGUCUGCACUGUGACAUCAAAGCAGCCUUGUUUUGUUUUUUAAUUAAAUGUGUCCGUCCAGGUUAGAUUUGAAAAAUAUUUCACAUUCAGACCAUUGUGCAAGACACCCUCCCUCCCUCCAUCCCACUCUUUCUCCUCCAUGCUCUCUCCCUCUCCAGCUUGUUAUGCAUCUCUGCUGUUUGUGCCUUAGGAGGCAUGUCACAGCUCUGUGGCCCUGCGUUGCCAUUCUAAUUAUAGCUUUAGACACACACACACACACACACACACACACACACACAGUCUCAUAUGCCAGACUUACUGGGGGCUCAGUUACUUAGCUGCCCUGCACAACAUACACACACACACACACACUGCAACACACACUCCCAUAAAAACAAACACACCGGAAAGACACAGACACCACACCCUGUCCCCCUGAGAGAAGCCCAGAGCUUCCAAACAACACUAGUCCUGUUAUUGUUACUGUGUUAAUAGGCCUAAUGCUGACAGGAAACAGUGCUAACAGUCUAUUGGAUCAGCAGUAGCUAGUUACUACUUGGGGAUGUUUUUCUAUCUAUUAACCCAGAUGUAUCUAUUUCUAGACUAAAACAUCUUUCUAUGGAGAUUCUCCUAUAAACAUGCUUAGUGAUCCUGGAGUUGACUCAAUCUGGGAAACUGGCCACUUGUGUCUCCAUAGUUAAUCCACAGUUAUUCUGUAAGCGGCAGGUCAACAGUUGUCCAUAUUUCUUAACCUCAGAAAGAGGUAUCUGAUUGGACUGUGCUGUUCAGAGGUUUCUGAUUGGUAGGUGCUCCCCAACAGUGGAAUGUUUGGCUGUUGACCUUUGUGUCUUAGAGAAAGGCUCAUCUCCAUGACUCCCUCCAUCCAUCCAUCCAGAGUUCAACUUUCAAUUUCUUUCUAUGAAGGAGGAGUGCUGAAACCUGACGCUUCUCUCUCCCUCCCCCUCCCUCCCCCUUCCUCCUUCCAUCCAUCAUAUAUUGGUAUGCAUUACUGAAUGGGCAGAACACACACACACACACACACACGCUCUCCUCUCUCUCAUCCUGUUGACACUGUCAUAAAGCAUUAUAAGUACAGUAGAACUAUAAAGUGUUUGUGUUUCAGAGGAAUAAUGAUGAGAAUGGGAACUGUUCCGGGAGCAGUAUGGAGUUCCCCACCACUAACCUGUAUGAACUGGAGAGCAGAGUGUUCACUGACCACUGGUCCAUCCCCUACAAGAGAGAGGAGUCAUUGGGCAAAUGUCUGGUCGCAGCCACCUGCCUAGCUAAACACGGUAAGAGAGAGUGAGUGAGUGUGUGGGCUUUGUGUCAUGCUGUCCCUGUUGAAUGCUUUUCACACAUUCUUAUUUUACACCCAGUUGCCAAACAACUAGAGUUUCUCCCUCGCUUUCUCCUCCUCUCACUUUCUUCCUCUCACACUCUAUCUCUCAGGUCUGGCGGAUGCAGAUGAGAACUGUAAGCGGUUUAUGGACCGGUGUAUGCACGAGGCCUUUAAGAAGGUGAGUUGUGUGUGUGUGUGUAUGCAUGCAUGAAGCCUUUAAGAAGAUGAGGUGUGUGUGUGUAUAAACAUAACGCUUAUGAGUGAGCGCUGUAUAACCUGUUUAUAACGCUUCCUUUCUUGAAACUGGCAUUUUUUAACAAGACCGUUUGGUGUAAUUUUGCCACUUUCACUGACUCUCCUUCCUCCUGCCCUCGCUCUCCCCCUUCUUGUCCCUCUCUAGCUCCUGACCAGUAGUGCGGUCCAUAAGUGGGGGACAGAGAUCCAUGAGGGGAUCUAUAACAUGUUGAUGUUACUGGUGGAACUGGUGGCUGAGAGGGUCAAACAGGAACCCAUACCUGUUGGGCUGAUGGGAGUACUGGCUAUGGUGGGUAUACAAACACCUGUUGCAUACAGUAUAUAUACACACACAUGCUGCUGCAUCACAUCUACACACCUCCCUUACAAAGGAUAACCUUUCUUCCUCGCUCUCUCUCUCGCUGUGUGUAGGCCUUUAACCCAGACAAUGAGUACCACUUUAAGAACCGUAUGAAGGCAUGUCAGAGGAACUGGAGCGAGGUGUUUGGAGAGGAAGCCAUGUUCGCUGUUUCACCUAGCAACAACUACCAGAAGGUGAGGUCACGUGGUUGUUGCUCUAGGACAAAAAAAAUGACUGACUGAUCACCUAUGUAUGUGUGCUUUUAUUUCUACAGGAGCCUCAUGGUUGGCUGGUAGACUUGGUCAAUCUGGUAAGCCCCACCUACACACACACACACCUCUGGGAUAGUUCAGUGUUGUCGCUGUAUUUAGCGAUGUGACUGUGUGUUUCUGUCUCUUCAUCUCUUCAUGUCCUUUCUUUCUUGUUCUCUCUCUAGUUUGGAGAGAUGGGAGGGUUCACUGCUAUCCAGGCUAAACUCAAUACAGAGGAGAUAGAGAUCGGGGUAAGGACACACAAACACACUCACACAGUCCUGAAGCCUCGCUCAGUUAAAUGCUCCGUUGUGUGGCUACUCUUAGGCCUCCUUGUGUGAAUCCUUCCUUUGAGGAUUCUAACCGGAACCACACACACAUUGAUCCCUCUCACAGCCCAGACGAUCUCCACCAUUAGCAUGUUAAUCUCUCUCUGGCACCGGAGGAUGCAGCUGCCCAAGCCCCCCCCCCACCCUCUCACCCGUGGAACCCACUCUGGUUUUUGAGAGUAUGUUUGUAUGUAACUGUCUGUCUUUUUGCAGUGUGUGUCCGCUCUGGUCCAGCCUCUAGCUGUGUGUGCAGAAUACCUCAACUCCAGCCUGGUGCAGGUAAGGCAUUUCCCUCCAACACACACUAAGACACGCAUCAAACGGUACAUCCACAGCAUUGUUGAUUAGUUAAUGAGACUAAUAAUGACGUGUGUGUGUGUGUGUGUGUGUGUUUGUAGCCCAUGUUGGAUCCUGUUAUCCAUAAGAUGAUCACCUAUGUUCAGAACCUUGAGGAGAAGGAUCUCAAAGACAAGGUACCACAAUACCCCCUGCUCUAUAUACCCACAAUGCCCUGCUCUACAUACCCUGGGAAGCUCUCGUAAACUUUAGAAAUAUUAGUGUCCAACGUCCAAAAUGGUUCAUUACGAGCUUCCAAGUCUGAAGCAACUCUUUGUUUCCCAGUCGGACUGUUCAGAGUUUCCUAUGAACCCAGCAUCAGGUGAUGGCUCAUAAUUUGUAUCUCCCCCCCCCCCCCCCCCCCCUCCCCCUCUCCCCCUCUCCUGUAGAGGCUGGUGAGCAUCCCAGAGCUGCUGUCGGCCAUCAAGCUGCUGUGUAUGAGGUUCCAGACCGCCCUGGUCACUGUGGUGGACGACCUGCGCCUGGACACUCUGCUACGCAUGUUGAAGACUCCUCACUUUUCCACCAAAAUGAACUCCCUCAAAGAGGUGAGAGGUCAGGGGUUACAAUGUCAAGGGUUAGAGGUCAAACUCAAACAGGAUGCCUUUGUCUAGUUUAGAUCUAAACACUCCUGGUGAGUUCAGUUCAGCAGCGCUGUUGUCGCUCUCAUUAUUAUGCUAUGGUCCAUGUGGACGCUUCUUUUUAUAUACAGUUGAAGUCGGAAGUUUACAUACAGGUUGGAGUCAUUAAAACUUGUUUUUCCAACAAUUCUUUACAGACAGAUUAUUUCACUUAUAAUUCACAGGAUCACAAUUCCAAUGGGUAAGAAGUUAACAUACACUAAGUUGACUGUGCCUUUAAACAGCUUGGAAAAUUCCAGAAAAUGAUAUCAUGGCUUUAGAAUCUUCUGAUAGGCUAAUUGACAUCAUUUGAGUAAAUUGGAGGUGUACCUGUGGAUGUAUUUCAAGGCCUACCUUCAAACUCAGUGCCUCUUUGCUUGACAUCAUGGGAAAAUCAAAAGAAAACAGCCAAGACCUCAGGAAAAAAAUGGUAGACCUCGGUUCCAGACUACGGUUUGCAACUGCACAUGGGGACAAAGAUUGUACUUUAUGGAGAAAUGUCCUCUGGUCUGAUUAAACAAAAAUAGAACUGUUUGGCCAUAAUGACCAUCAUUAUGUUUGGAGGAAAAAGGGGGUCGCUUGCAAGCCGACGAACACCAUCCCAACCGUUAAGCACGGGGGUGGCAGCAUCAUGCUGUGGGGGUGCUUUGCUGCAGGAGGGACUGGUGCACUUCACAAAAUAGAUUGCAUCAUGAGGAAGGAAAAUUAUGUGGAUAUAUUGAAGCAACAUCUCAAGACAUCAGUCAGGAAGUUAAAGCUUGGUCGCAAAUGGACAAUGACCCCAAGCAUACUUCCAAAGUUGUGGCAAAAUGGCUUAAGGACAACACAGUCAAGGUAUUGGAGUGGCCAUCACAAAGCCCUGACCUCAAUCCUAUAGAAAAUGUGUGGGCAGAACUGAAAAGGCAUGUGCGAGGAAUGGGCCAAAAUUCACCCAACUUAUUGUGGGAAGCUUGUGGAAGGCUACCCGAAAUGUUUGACCCAAGUUAAACAAUUUAAAGGCAAUGCUACCAAAUACUAAUUGAGUGCAUGUACACUUCUGACCCACUGGGAAUGUAAUGAAAUAAAUAAAAGCUGAAAUAAAUCAUUCUCUCUACUAUUAUCCUGACAUUUCACAUUCUUAAAAUAAAGUGGUGAUCCUAACUGACCUAAGACAGGGAAUUUUUACUAGGAUUAAAUGUCAGGAAUUGUGAAAAACUGAGUUUAAAUGUAUUUGGCUAAGGUGUAUGUAAACUUCCAACUUCAACUGUAAACUGUGUUUAUGUGUGUCUAGGUGACUAAGCUGAUUGAGGAGAGUACUGUGUCUAAGACAGUGAAGAAUGCCAUUGACACAGACCGACUGCUGGACUGGCUGGUGGAAAACUCUGUCCUUUCAAUAGCACUGGAGGGUAAGGACAAUAUUAAUGUUAACAAUGGAACAACAUAUGACUAUUAUCUAUGUUAUUAUAUUAUCUUGACUUGUGAUUUCACGUAAGAUAGACUAGUAAUAUAACGGUGGAGUGUGUGUGUGUGUGUAUUUCAGGUAACAAAGACCAGUAAUAUAACGGUGGAGUGUGUAUGUGUGUAUUCCAGGUAACAUAGACCAGGCCCAGUAUUGUGAUCGAAUAAAAGGCAUCAUUGAGCUGCUGGGCAGUAAACUGUCUCUGGACGAGCUCUCCAAGAUCUGGAUGAUCCAGGCAGGACAGUCGUCCACGGUGAUUGAGAACAUCCACACCAUCAUGGCUGCGGCUGCCGUCAAGUUCAACUUCGAGCAGCUCAGCCACCUGUUUGUCCUUAUACAGAAGGUCUGUCUGUGUGCUUAGAAACGUCUCUGUGGGACAGUAAAUUGUGUGUGUGUGUUUGCAUGUGUUAGUAAUGAUUGGGUGUAACUUGUGUGUUCCAGAGCUGGGAGGUGGAGAGUGACCGUGUGAGGCAGAAGCUGCUCAGUCUGAUCGGGAGGAUUGGUAGAGAGGCCCGCUCUGAGGCCACCACAGGGAAGGUGCUGGAGGUGCUGUGGGAGCUAGCCCACCUGCCCACCCUGCCCACCUCCCUGGUACAGCAGGCCUCUGAGGAACACCUGGCCAUCCUCACUGAUGCAUACGCUGUGAAGGAGACUGUCAAACGCUGCUACAUCAUCAAAUGUAUAGAGGACAUCAAGAAGGUGAGAAACACACACACACUCUUUCUCUCAAGGUUGAAGCGCUCUGUCACUCACAGCCUUUGAGUUCGAGUUCAAGUCUAAUAUCAAUUGAACACACACACACCCUGAAUAAGUCAGUUUAUGUUUAUAGACUCAGACUGAGGAGGAGGGUAAAACCAGCGACACUCAGAGCUCAUUUCUUACUGGCUCCUGGGGCAAGAAGAAAGCCAAAGAAAACUCAUUGGCCAAAGUAAGAGAAGCCCCUCUCCUUAAAACUCUAAUGACCAAUCAGUAUUCACCUACAAUCUUCUCACUGCUCAUACCAAUCAUCACGGGGGGGGGGGUUGAUUGGUAACUGAAUGAUUGCUGCAUUGUUGCUUUUAACAAGCGGUUUCAGUACUGUAGUGGGUGUCUAAUUCUCUGUGGGUUGGGCCAGUCUUCAUUGACGUUGUAAGGGGUAUGUGUGUGAGUCAAUGUGUGUGGGGUGAGGUAUUGGAUAAGUGAUGUGCGUGUAUGGUAGGGCUGUAACGAUUCACCGACGCGCCCGACCCGGUUCAAGAUCUGAGUGCAUUGGUCCACGGAAACACAAAACGAUCCAAAUGUAGCAUGCAUCGGUCAGAAAAUCCAUUCAAACGUUAUGAAUCGCUGGUUCACAAAAAUGUUUUGCUCAAAUAACCUUCUUAAGUAUGUGGACACCUGCUCAUCGAACAUCUCAUUCCAAAAUCAUGGGCAUUAAUGUUAUUUCACAGCCUCCACGGUCGUUGUUUUCUUUACCCUUUAGUUACACACACACACACACACACACACACACACAGUUCAUUCCCUUGUUCUCAAGCUUGUCAGUUCCUCUGUCACAUCAUGUUUACCAGGCAGCGUGUUGCUGUGUGUGGUGUGGUGACAGACAGCCACGGAACGCAGCAUCACAGAACACAACAAACUGGACAACAACAGCCUGUGGGGGGAGACAGACAGAGAAAGACAAUGUUCCAGUACUAUUAGACACCUUGCUUUAUCCCCCUCCUCUCCUUCCUUCAUCUACUCUAUAUUACAGCAGUCAGUCACAAAGGAGAGGAGGAAAGAAUGCCUUUGUUUUAUUCAUAUUGGAAUGUGUUUAGUGAAGCCUGCAGAGAAGUUCUGACAGCACAUCUUGUAGAAUCUAAAGCCAAUGCGUCAUGAGUUCUAGCAGACAGGUCUUCACGUUGGGGUGGCAUUUGCAUCAGAUGAAGUCUAUUCAAUGUUUGCCAUUGUGAUUGUUUCAAGGGUUAUAGUAUUAUGUGUGUGUGCAUGUGCCUUGCUGUAUGAAUGUGCAGUAUGUUUGUGCAUGCUUGCAUGUCUUUGAGUGUGCGGAGACUUAUAUUUGUUUUGUGUCUGUGUGUGUCAGUAUUCGUAAACUCUGUGACUCUGUCCUUCCCCAGCUCUGAGGACAUUGAGUUCCCCUCUUAAUCAUCUCUAGUUUUUAGUUAAUUCUCUCCCACAGAAAACAAAUUCUGACAUGCUGGAACACUCGUACACUACAUGACGUGGUAAGUAUGUGGACACCUGCUCGUUGAACAUCUCAUUCUAAAAUCAUGGGCAUUAAUAUGGAGUUGGUCCCCCCUUUGCUGCUAUAACAGCCUCCACUCUUCUGGGAAGGCUUUCCACUGAUGUUGGAACAUUGCUGCGGGGACUUGCUUCCAUUCAGCCACAAGAGCAUUAGUGAGGUUGGGCACUGAUGUUGGGUGAUUAGGCAUGGCUUGCCGUCGGCGGUCCAAUUCAUCCCAAAGGUGUUCGAUGGGGUUGAGGUCAGGGCUCUGUGCAGGCCCAUCAAGUUCUUCCACACCGAUCUCGACAAACCGUUUCUGUAUGGACCUCGCUUUGUGCACGAGGGCAUUGUCAUGCUGAAACAGGAAAGGGCCUUUCCCAAACUGUUGCCACAAAGUUGGAAACACAUAAUUGUCUAGAAUGUCAUUGUAUGCUGUAGCUUUUAAGAUUUCCCUUCACUGGAACUAAGGGGCCUAGCCCGAACAAUGAAAAACAGCCCCAGACAAUUAUUAAUCCUCCACCAAACUUUACAAUUAGCACUAUGCAUUGGGGCAGGUAGCGUUCUCCUGGCAUCUGCCAAACCCAGAUUUGUCUACCAGAUGGUGAAGCGUGAUUCAUUGCCAAUGGCGAUGAGCUUAACACCACUCUAGCUGACGCUAGCCAUUGUGCAUGGUUGCCAUUUUCAUGAAGCUCCCGACGAACAAUUAUUGUGCUGACGUUGCUUCCAGAGGCAGUUUGGAAGUCUGUGGUGAGUGUUGCAACCGAGGACAGAUGUUUACGCGCUUCAGCAUUCGGCGGUCCCGUUCUAAGCUUGUGUGGCAUACCACUUUGCGGCUGAGCCGCUGUUGCUCCUAGACGUUUCCACUUCACAAUAACAGCAGUUACAGUUGACCUGGGCAGCUCUAGCAAUUUGACGAACUGACUUGUUGGAAAGGUGGCAUCCUAUGACUGUGCUCUUCAGUAUGGGCCAUUCUACAGCCAAUGUUUGUCUAUGGAGAUUGCAUGGCUGUGUGCUCGAUUUUGUACACCUGUCAGCAACGUGUGUGGCUGAAAUAGCUGAAUCCACUAAUUUGAAGGGGUGUCCACAUACUUUUGGCCAUGUAGUGUAUCUCAUCUGUUGUGACAACUGCAUCCUCCUUCAGUGUCGAACUAAGCAUGUAAUUGUGUUGAUCUACAAUCCAUUUUGCAUGCCGAUCAACCCCAGGCAAUAUCAGCAACCUAGUCAAACUGUGCGCUGUGCGCAUCUUCGCGCACUGACCAAUGUGAGGUAGGCCUAUUCCUGAUCUGGCACAUCUGCGUGUCACUUUCACCAUUCAAAUGUGUGACAACCAAUGAAAUUUGCUAGGUUAUUUUCACAAAAUGCACUGUUUUUCCAGGAAUAAAAGUAGGCUAAGCUACCGCUGGAGACAACUCUCAUCUGUGGCUAUACAGUGCCUUGCAAAAGUAUUCAUCCCCCUUGGCGUUUUUCCUAUUUUGUUGCAUUACAACCUGUAAUUUUAAUUUAAAUUGAUUUUUAUUUGGAUUUCAUGUAAUGGACAUACACAAAAUAGUCCAAAUUGGUGAAAUGAAAAAAAUUACUUGUUUCAAAAAAUUCUAAAAAAUAAUUAACGGAAAAGUGGUGCGUGCAUAUGUAUUCAACCCCUUUGCUAUGAAGCCCCUAAAUAAGAUCUGGUGCAACCAAUUACCUUCAAAAGUCACAUAAUUAGUUCAAUAAAGUCAACCUGUGUGCAAUCUAAGUGUCACAUGAUCUGUCACAUGAUCUCAGUAUAUAUACACCUGUUCUGAAAGGCCCCAGAGUCUGCAACACCACUAAGCAAGGGGCACCACCAAGCAAGCGGCACCAUGAAGACCAAGGAGCUCUCCAAACAGGUCAGGGACAAAGUUGUUGAGUACAGAUCAAGGUUGGGUUAUAAAAAAAUAUCAGAAACUUUGAACAUCCCACGGAGCACCAUUUAAAUCCAUAAUUAAAACAUUGAAAUAAUAUGGCACCAUAACAAACCUGCAAAGACAGGGCCGCCCACCAAAACUCACGGACCAGGCAAGGAGGGCAUUAAUCAGAGAUGCAACAAAGAGACCAAAGAUAACCCUGAAGGAGCUGCAAAGCUCCAAGGCAGAGAUUGGAGUAUCUGUCCAUAGGACCACUUUAAGCUGUACACUCCACAGAGCUGGGCUUUACGGAAGAGUGGCCAGAAAAAAGCCAUUGCUUGAAGAAAAAAAAGAAGCAAACACGUUUGGUGUUCGCCAAAAGGCAUGUGGGAGACUCUCCAAACAUAUGGAUAAGGUACUCUGGUCAGAUGAGACUAAAAUUGAGCUUUUUGGCCAUCAAGGAAAACGCUAUGUCUGGCGCAAACCCAACACCCCUCAUCACCCCGAGAACACCAUCCCCACAGUGAAGCAUGGUGGUGGCAGCAUCAUGCUGUGGGGGUGGCAAACAUUGCGGGGUGGUAGAUGCCCUGUUUCUCUUAUGGCUCAGUUCAGGUGCCUACAUACACCAUAGACAUAUAAUUUACAACAGACAUAUACACACACACGAGAGAUGUCAGCUCAGACAGAUUCAGCGCAGAGAUGCCAAGCUCAUGAGCUCCAUCAGCAGCAGAUUUGAAUAUAGAAUGGAAAAUGAAUGUUUUUAUGCCACAAAUGUUAAUGCAUCGAAUCGUAUUGCAUCGAACUUAAUCGCAUCGAUUCGUUCCUCUAAUCAAACCGAAUCGCACCGAAUCGUUUCAAACUAAAACAUAUCAUUCCUGUAUCGUAUCGGGCCCAUGUAUCUACACUGAACAAAAAUAUAAACGCAUCAUGUAAAGUGUUUGUCCUAUGUUUCAUGAGCUGAAAUAAAAGAUCCCAGAAAUGUUCCAUACGCACACAAAAAACUUAUUUCUAUCAAAUUUGUGCACAUCCCUUUAGUGCACAUUUCUCUUUUGCCAAGAUAAUCCAUCCACCUGAGGGUGCUACUCAUCUAGUGUCUAACGUGUGUGUGUGUGUGUGUGUGUGUGUGUGUGUGUGUGUGUGUGUGUGUGUGUGUGUGUGUGUGUUUAGUCUUCUCAACAGGGCAGUCCCCAGGCAGUCUGGGUGGUUCCAGCUCUGCGGCAGCUCCAUGAGAUCACACGCUCCUUCAUCAAACAGACCUACCAGAAACAGGACAAGGUACACACACAUUACCCCUCACCCCCUCUCUUGCUAGAGAGCCCUUGUCCAAGAUGGCAGCAGUCGACAGCAUAAAAAACACAUGAAUACAGUACAUUGAAGUGACGCAUUUAAAACUAACAGACUAGAGCCGGACUGAUAUGUGAUUUUUGCAUCCGAUUCCGAUUUAUAGAAUGGAAAUAUUCACAGAUAACCGAUAUAUCUGGCGAUAUGUUUAUUAUUAUAGCUGAAAUAAUAAAAAAUAAAGUAUCUGGAUUGUGCUUAAAGCAGCCCUACAAAGAUACUCAGAAAGUUGAUUUCUUACAUUUGAGGAAAGAACAUUAAUGUAAGCCCCACAUAGAAUUCAGAAGCACCAGAAAUAUUAUAUUUUUUUAUGGUAAAGCUGUGUGUUGCUCUAGUCUAGUAAAAAUAGGAUAAACUGCACUGAUUCCAGCUAAACAUUUGCCUAGGCUCUGAAGAAUGAGCUACCUCAUACUAGCCAGCUGGAAAGCGUCAUAGGACACAUGUUCAAUGUAUUAGUAUUUAGCUAUGUUUUCUUCGAUUGUAGGGCUGUAGCCACUCAAUUCUGGUAGUUGCCACUUUAAGGAAAAACCUCAAUCAUGAAAUUCACCGCUACCUCUCGCACCAAAUGUUGCCUCAGUGCUAUCUGGAAUCCAUGGGACGUCCCCUACAAAUGGUUACGUUAAGGUUCGGGUUAGGGUCCCAAGGAUCCAAGAUAGUACCCUCCGUGAAUGGCGUCAAGUAGUCUUACACAGCUAGUUAGCUAGCUAGCACUCGUCAUGGAAAUGGGGGUGAUGAUUUGCGAAACGUGAAAUGGACCAGUCCCUAUCCAUACAUCAAAACGUAGCUACGAAGUGCUACAUUGUAACCUGUAAAGUUUUUGUUGUGUCUCUGAAAACAUUAGAAUAACAGAGCUUGAGGAAUACCCUUCUCAAUGAGCAAAUAUAAAACACCAGAUUUAGCUGGUUUCACUAAAGGGCUGUAACGGCACAUACUUUACAUUUGGGCAUAGCAUCCACUGUUUGUCACGACACCCAACACCCUACCAUGACAUUAUACGUAACCGUAUAUGGCCAAUGCGCAUUUUUGGCACUUUACUCAGCACUCACUGUAGAAACAGUAGUUAGUUCACGCUCCUCCCGGGUUGCCAGGUAUAGCUCAAAUUUGAAGCCCAAUGCUACUUAAAUCCCGCCCACAAAGCCUGAAAACUAGCCUAAAAUGUUUUUCCUGCAGCAAGAGGGGAGUUGCCACAUUUAACCAUUAAACCCUUUUUCCAUAAGGUUGACAUUUUUCAAAGAAGAAUGUCGACGUAACGACGUAAGAAGCAAAAUUCAGAUUUCCAUCAAAAUAAUAAUUAUUGUGAGCUAACGUGACUAAUAAAGGAAUUUGAAUAUGCCGUAAGAGAAAAUAUAAUUUGCCCUUAUUAAACUCGCCAAAUGUUUUUCCAUCAAUUUAUGCUGAUUUAACUUGUUUGACUGCUAUGAUUGUAAAUAAAUCCCCUAUGCGCAUGUGCAUAACUAUAGGAGAGUUUGAGGGAUGAAAGUUGGACAGAGGGUCUCAAAAUCUCUGCACAAGAAAGACUUGGACGAACUUCAAAAUAAUGUUAGGCUAUUUUCUGGCAGUUGUGUUGUUAUUAUGUGCGAUAUGUUAAGACUACAAACUGUUAUAAAUUGCAUAUCUGCGAGAUUGACUUGUCAUUUCAAUAGGCAUAGGCUACUAAAAUCUGUGUUUAUGAUUGUAAUUCAACUUUGCCAUGGUUUGGUUAGCUAGCCCCUGAUAGCCUACAGUAGCCCAGGCAAGAUGUAAGAUGAACGAUUUAGUAGCUUGCUUCGUUCAAAUGAACAGACUAAUUUAUUUAACAUGAAUAGCGAGGCGAUUUCGAGGUAAGUGCUUCUGUUGCCCAAUAGCCUGCUGGAAUAGGUUACUGUGGAAGGGGUCUUAAUUUCAAUCACUGAAUCAUAUAUAUUAGUAAUAUGGAUAUGAACUGAAUAGGCCUAUGCUUGUCAACAACAGCCAGUGUUUUGUUUUUUUAAACCAGUAGCCUAAUCUGACUGACUGUUACCUUCAAUCUAAUGCAUUCUAACAACAGCUGAUCGGCAAUUGCGAUAGAACUGUUACCAUGAUCACAGUUGAUAACUUCCGAUUUCAUUAACUAAACAUGGCCAGUAAUAAUUGCAUAAUAACACAAGGCUACAACAACAGUAAACUGAAGUUAUAGGCUAUUAAUUAAAUCCGUUUGCCAGCUCCAGGUAGGCUACACAAGUGCCACAAAUUGAUUUGCAACGACUCCAGUGAUAUCGUCAUUUCAUUAAUAGGCUACGUAAUGGCCAACAGAUGUAUCACUCUCCACUGUCAGUUUCAUUGUGCAGCACUCGAGACCCAAGAACUGAGCAUGUGUAAAACCCUUUGCUAGAUAUGGUUUUCCAUAAACAAAGUUGAUAAUAGAUUGCAGUUUAAACCACUUCUGGUGGGAGUUAUUUCUUGAUGCUCAUCAGUUCUAGCGCGUUAAUAUGUUUGAUGGGAAAAGGGUUGGAAAUAGGUGUCUCCAUAAAGACAAUCUAAAUAGCCUACCUACAACUGGUAAAAGGUGGUCAUGACGUGUGCGCAUGCUGCUCUAUCUUCUCUCACUCACGUGACUCAUCUGCCUGCUGCAGCGCUCAGUCUCAACACACACACCCCUCCGGACCUCCCCCUCCCCACCACUCACGCACUCAGCAACAGGCUGCCUCACUACCUGAUGGUAAGCAGCAGCAGGUCACAGUGAAAUAUAUAUUUUUAAGAAAAAUGACAUGUCGGACACGGUGCAAUUUAGAAGUAGUCCAAAAACCCGCGACCAAUACAUUUUCACCGGCGACAUCGUUUUGAAAGUUGCCCAAUUUUGCAGCAGAACCAUGGACAUGGCAACCCUGCCCUCCUCUGACUGGUGUAGUUGAGUUGGCCAGGUGGUAGUGUCCAGUCUUAAAGGCGCUGCAUGGUCAAUCCAACGUCUGCAUUGGCCGUGCAGCAUUUACAGUGAUACGGCCUCUGCAGAAGUCAGGGCAUUGAUACUUCUUGCGCUUCUCGGAGCAGCGCAGAGCUGUUGUGAAGGAAGUUGUUAAGGCAGUAAUUUUGUGUUUGUACAGGACCUCCCACCUACCAUCAACCAGUCAUGUCAAUGUGGAGGUAUAUGGUGCCCUCCACAUUGUUACAAAAUUUGAGAGGCACACCCUCCGUACAAAUCCGACCACAUUUUGUAUCAAGCUUAAAUUGUCUAUUAGUGUAGCGCGCCAAGGCAAUAUAGGCUUAUAGCCAUGUAAAGAGCGACCUCUUCAGUACAAAUAAUGAAAUGCACAAAAAAGUCAACUUCUAUGAACAACAGCUUUUUUUGGUGAACGUUUUCUCCGCAUCUUAUAUCGGUUAAACGGCGAUACAAAUACAUCGGUAAAAGGCUAAUAUCGGCCGACAAUAUCGGUCAACCAAUAAAUCGGUUGGCCUCUAUUACAGACAUCAAAAGCCACAGACACAUCUUCAUAGCACAUGUGCUCCCCCAGCAGAGCAUCAUCCAGGACUUGAAGAAGAACUUUGAGAUCGUCAAGCUGAUUACAGGAUCUCUGGUGGUCUGUCAUCGACUAGCGGUGUCUGCCGCUGGGAACAAUGGACUGACCGGUCACACAUUGGUGGACGGACGAUACACCUACCAGGAGGUACAGUACCCUCUGUGUGUGUGUGUGUGUGUGUGUGUGUGUGUGAUUUGCUUUGGUAGAAGUUUAUGUGGUUGAGAUGAUGAAUUGAGGAUUUUGAUCUCUGUGAGAUAAACACAUGAAGUCCUUGUUGGUUCCUGACUCGCUCUCCCUCCCGCUCCAGUAUCUAGAUGGCCACUUAAGGUUCCUGGCCUUCUUCCUCCAGGAGGCCAGCCUCUACCUGGUCUGGAACAGAGCCAAAGAACUAUGGGACUGCCUGGUCUCUGGACCCGAAGUCUGCGAGCUGGACAGAGAGGUACACACACGUGUUACAUACUCUAUAUUACAUAGUCUACUCUGUAUGUAUACACUAACUUUAACUGUGUGUGUGUGUGUGUGUGUGUGUGUAGAUGUGUUUUGAGUGGUUCACUAAGGGCCAGCAUGAUCUGGAGAGUGAUGUUCAGCAGCAGCUCUUCAAAGAGAAGAUCCUCAAACUGGAGCCCUACGAGAUUACUAUGAAUGGUGAGACACACAAUCACACACACAUUUGACACGUUAUUUUGUUAACGUUUUUGUUGAUGGCCCACUCUUAGAAUAUUAUGUAGAUCUUAUGUAGUGGCUUUAACCAGUGUUUUAUUUGGGAUGUUUCAGGCUUUAAUCUGUUUAAGACCUUCUUUGAGAACGUCAACCUGUGUGACCAUCGCUUGAAACGCCAGGGGACUCAACUGGUGAGUCAGUCCAAACUAGGGUUGCCAAGGGAGAGCAUAUAACUAGUAACCAGUAAACUACCAGAAUUUUUGUAACUUUCAAGGAUUUUAUCACAUGAUGACAUGUAGUGGCAUUUUGGGGUACUUCAGAUUAUCACAGGUGUUUGUAAUCAUCUCUGGUCCUCUGUGUGGUCUUAUUAUAUGUAAAAUAUAUACACUACCGUUCAAAAGUUUGGGGUCACUUAGAAAUGUCCUUGUUUUCGAAAGAAAAGCAAUUUUUUUGUCCAUUAAAAUAACAUCAAAUUGAUCAGAAAUACAGUGUAGACAUUGUUAAUGUUGUAAAUGGCUAUUAUAGCUGGAAACGGCAGUCCUGUGUUCCAAUGGCACGCCUCACAGGUCCUCAACUGGCAGCUUCAUUAAAUAGUACCCGCAAAACACCAGUCUUAACGUCAACAGCGAAGAGGCGACUCCGGGAUGUUGACCUUCUAGGCAGAGUUGCAAAGAAAAAGCCAUAUUUCAGACUGCCCAUCUUAAUCUUUUAUUUUUAUUGGCCAGUCUGAGAUAUGUUUUUUUCCUGUGAGGCGCCUGUUCCUCAAACUAGACACUCUAAUGUAUUUGUCCUCUUGCUCAGUUGUGCACCGGGGCCUCCCACUCCUCUUUCUAUUCUGGUUAGAGCCAGCUUGCGCUGUUCUGUGAAGGGAGUAGUACACAGCGUUGUACGAGAUCUUCAGUUUCUUGGCAAUUUCUCGCAUGGAAUAGCCUUAAUUUCUCCGAACAAGAAUAUACUGACGAGUUUCAGAAGAAAGUUACAAAUUUUAAAUCAGCCGUUUCCAGCUACAAUAGCCAUUUACAACAUUAACAAUGUCUACACUGUAUUUCUGAUCAAUUUGAUGUUAUUUUAAUGGACAAAAAAAUUGCUUUUCUUUCAAAAACAAGGACAUUUCUAAGUGAUCCCAAACUUUUGAACGGUAGUGUAUAUUUUGUAAAAAUUGAAUGACAAAGCUGUAAAACAUUAUCAAUUCAUUGUCAAUUCAUUCAGCAUAUUAGCAUAAGAGGCUAACACUAGCAUGACAUUUAGGAUUAAUGCACCUGUGGGACAUAAAAACCCUAACCCUGUUUUGUGUGUGUAGUGUGUGGAGCGGCUAGACCUGGCUGGGAUGGACUUUAUCUGGCGCAUCGCCAUGGAAACACCUGACGAGGAGAUUGCUAACGAGGCCAUCCAGCUAAUCAUCACCUACAGCUACACCAACCUCAACCCCAAGAUGAAGAAGGUGUGUGUGUGUGAGGGGGAGUGGGGGGGGUUGGGGGUUGUGUGUAGCUGGGCUACAGUCUCUGGUAUUCACUCUUUGUGUCUGUGUAGGAUUCUGUGUCUUUACACAAGAAGUUCAUUGCGGAUUGUUACAAACGACUGGAGGUGAGUUCUUCAUUCACUCACAACUAUCAGAUGGAAUGUGUUUAACUUCUUUAUAUAAGAUAAUUACAUACUUUGCUAAUAAAGCUUAGUGAAUUGAUGAAAUUCAAAGUCUCCUUGCCUUCUUCUUUCUCUCUCAGGCGGCCAGUUCAGCUCUAGGAGGGCCCACGUUGACUCAUGCUGUUACCAGGGCAACCAAGAUGCUGACGGCCACCACCAUGCCGACUGUAGCCACGUCUGUCCAAUCGCCUUCCAGGUCCACCAAGCUGGUGAUCAUUGAGAGGCUGCUGCUAUUGGCUGAGCGUUAUGUCAUCACUAUCGAGGUAAUCCUCUCUCUCUGGCUUUGACAUCACACUGACCAAGCAACUGGUUUUCACCCGCAACAUUUUCACAUGUAGUUACAAACUAUUUACAUUUGAGUGAUGAGAAGGGGGGUGAAAGAAUGAGAUGGACACAUUAAAAUAUUACUCUGUGUUUGUAUGUGUAGGACCUGUACUCUGUGCCUCGUACCAUUCUACCUCACGGAGCGUCGUUCAAUGGCCACCCUGUCUCUCUGCAUGUCACCUAUGAGUCCACCAAAGACACCUUCACACUGGAGGCCCACAGUAACGAGACUAUAGGCAGCAUCCGCUGGAAGAUCGCUGAGCAUCUCAACUGUCCAGUCGACAACGUCCAGAUCUUUGCCAACGACAGCGUGGUGAGUGUGUUAUUUGUAUCUUUGUCUGUGUGUUUGUGUUGUUGACUGAACAAAGUGUAUGUGUGACAGCAUAGUAAGCCAAAAGAUGGAAGUGUGUCUCUGUAUGUGUGACUGUAUAUCAUAUGUAACUAUGUAUGUGUGUUUUGUGUAACUCUCUCUCUCAAUCUAUAGUUGACUAUGAACCGGGACCAGAAGCUGUUGUCCCAGCUGGGGUUCAGUGAUGAGCAGUCUCUGACAGUGAAGAGCUCCGGCACAGGCACGCCCUCUGGUGGCAGCUCAGAGUCCUCUGUCUCCGCUUCCUCCUCCAGCUCCGCUGUCUUCAACUCAGCCUACGCUAUGGAACAGGUACACCACACACACACACACACGCACGCACAUGUGUAUAUAUAUAUACAAACAGUUAAUGUUUGAGUCUGAUUAUGUGCUAACGGUGUGUGUGUAGGAGAAGUCCCUUCCAGGUGUUGUCAUGGCGUUGGUGUGUAACGUGUUUGAGAUGCUUUACCAGCUGGCCAACCUGGAUGAACCACGGUGAGUUACUCACGCAGAUCCUUCAAGGACCUGGACCUGACUCCCGAAUGGUAAAACAUUUAUUAUGUUCUGUGUGUGUAUUCCAGGAUAACCCUGCGUGUGCGUAAGCUGCUGCUGCUGAUCCCAACAGACCCAGAGGUUCAGGACGCUCUAGAUAACUUUGUUCCCAAAGAAUCCAGUGUCUGGAGUCACCAGGUACAUAUAUAUUAACUAGUUAUAUAGCUACUAACCCAUCAGUACUAUUAUAUUCUAGUCCUGUACUAACAACCAUCAGGUCAGGCCCACCAGUGGGUAAGGUUGUGUUUAGGUUGAAAUUAUGAUGAGGAGAGUUCAACUCCUCUGACCAGAGCCAGUGUGAUAAAAUGUAUGUGUUUCCUGUGUGUGUCUCCUGUAGAAGACAUUGUUCACCCUGGGUCAGGGGUCAGGCUCUCGGUCUCCAUCUCUGGGUUCUAAGCAGCAGCACCAGCCCAGUGCUGCCUCCAUCUUGGAAUCACUCUUCAGAUCCUCUGCUCCCGGGAUGUCCACCUUCAGAGUCCUCUACAACCUAGAGGUGCACACACACACUAAAUAUACACACACACACACACACACAACACUCACAUUUCUACACGGACACACUUCACACAUUUCUUCCUUCGACCACUCUCGCUCUCUCUCUCUCUCUCAUUAGGUGUUGAGUUCUAAGUUGAUGCCGACCUCAGAUGAUGAGAUGGCUAAGACCAGUGUCAAGUCUUUCUGUGAGAACUUCCUGAAAGCGGGAGGACUCAGUUUGGUGGUAAACGUGAUGCAGCGAGACUCUAUUCCCUCUGAGGUGGACUAUGAAACCAGACAGGGUGUCUACUCUAUCUGUCUACAACUGGCCAGGUACACACACAUACACACACAGCAUAUGUUUUUCUAUCCUUGUGGGGAGCUAACAUUUCUAUUCAAAAUCCUAUUUUCCCUAACAUGAACUCCUAACACCUAACCCUAAUUCUAACCCUAAUUGUAACCCUAAACCUAACCCCUAAGCUUAAAAUAGUGUUUGUCCUCAUGGGGAUGUGGGAAAUGUCCCCACAAGGGAGAGGUUUUCCUUGUUUUACUAUCCUUGUGGGGACUUUUGGGGAUUUCCGGUACCCACAAGGAUAUUAAUAGAAUCCCACACAUACACAAAGAAAUAUACAUUGUUAGAGAGGUUGAAUGUGAUUGGAUCUUCCUUUUCCCUGCAGGUUCCUAUUGGUUGGCCAAAGUAUGCCGUCGUUGCUGGAUGAUGAUGUCAUCCGAGAGGGCGACACGCUGUCUAGUCGGCCAUUCCGUAACGCGGGGCGACCAGGGAGACAGCUGUCGCUGUGUGGAACGCCUGAGAAGAGCUCCUAUAGACAGAUGUCUCUGUCUGACCGCUCCUCCAUCAGAGUAGAGGAGAUCAUCCCUGCUGCACGUGUAGCUAUUCAGGUACCCACACACGCAUACCUAACACACACAUGCACCUAAUACACACACAUCUAACGCACACCUCUAACCCUGUCUCUCCUUUGUAGACGAUGGAGGUGGGGGACUUCACCUCGACGGUGGCGUGUUUCAUGCGUCUAACCUGGGCAGCAGCCGCCGGCCGAUUGGACCUCGUCGGCAGUCCUCAGCCAAUCAGACCUGAACACAGCUCACUCCUCCCCCUCGUGGUCCGCAGCCGUGUCAGCAGCACUGGUGAGACACACACACACAAGAAACUGACGGAUUACAUUACAUAAAUAGAUUAUUGCCUGUUAUUCUGAUUGUUUUGCCCUCUCCUGAUGUCUCUCAUUGUACAGGAAGUAACUGCAGCUCCAGCAGUGAGGGCGAGGCGCCACCCACAGCGUUGCAUGCUGGGAUAUGCGUGAAGCAGCAGAGUGUUUCUAUUAAAGACUGCAUCAUCGCUAGAGAGGCCCUGUCUCUACUGGUCACCUGUCUACAGCUACGGACACAGCAGCUAGGUAACACGUCACACACACACACACACACACACACACACACACACACACACACUGUUUUGUGAAGACCAAAUGCUAACAGUGUUUGUCUCUAUCCAGGGUCAUUCUACAACCUCCCCUGUGUCAGCGACUUCAUCAUCGACAUCCUGCUGGGAUCAGCCAGUGGAGAGGUAACUAGGGUGUGUGGGAGUGGGGGUGUGAGACUGAGUGUGUGUGUUAUAACCCGUGUCUCUGUCAGAUCCGGCACGUGGCGUGUGACCAGCUGUACACUCUGAGCCAAUCAGACACGUCUGCGUUCCCUGAGAUCAUCAAACCCAACGUGUUCUUGCUCCGAGUCGUCCUCACCUCCCAGCUGCCCCUCUGGAGCCCCACGUCUGUCAUGAGAGGAGUCAACCAGAGGUACACACACACACACACGUGUUGUUGUCAUUGCUGCUGGGAGGCAGUAGGAAGUUAGGCGGCAGGUAGCUUAGUGGGUAAGAGCGUUGUGCCAGUAACCGAAAGGUCGCUGGUUCUAAUCCCAGAGCCGACUAGGUGAAAAAUCUGUCGAUGUGCCCUUAAGCAAGGCACUUAACCCUAAUUGCUCAUGUAAGUCGCUCUGGAUAAGAGCGUCUGCUAAAUGACUAAAUUGUAAUGUAAAAUGUUUGACAGCAGAUGGCGCCAAAUUAUCUGUGACCAAUGUUAUCUAUAUAAACUCAGCAAAAAAAGAAACGUCCUCUCACUGUCAACUGUGUUUAUUUUCAGCAAACUUAACAUGUGUGAAUAUUUGUAUGAACAUAACAAUAUUCAACAACUGAGACAUAAACUGAACAAGUUCCACAGACAUGUGACUAACAGAAAUGGAAUAAUGUGUCCCUGAACAAAGGGGGGGUCAAAAUCAAAAGUAACAAUCAGUAUCGGGUGUGGCCACCAGCUGCAUUAAGUACUGCAGUUCAUCUCCUCCUCAUGGACUGCACCAGAUUUGCCAGUUCUUGCUGUGAGAUGUUACCCCACUCUUCCACCAAGGCACCUGCAAGUUCCCAGACAUUUCUGGGGGGAAUGGCCCUAGCCCUCACCCUCCGAUCCAACAGGUCCCAGACGUGCUCAAUGGGAUUGAGAUCCGGGCUCUUCGCUGGCCAUGGCAGAACACUGACAUUUCUGUCUUGCAGGAAAUCACGCACAGAACGAGCAGUAUGGCUGGUGGCAUUGUCAUACUGGAGGGUCAUGUCAGGAUGAGCCUGCAGGAAGGGUACCACAUGAGGGAGGAGGAUGUCUUCCCUGUAACACACAGCAUUGAGAUUGCCUGCAAUGACAGCAAGCUCAGUCCGAUGAUGCUGUGACACACCGCCCCAGACCAUGACGGACCCUCCACCUCCAAAUCGAUCCCGCUCCAGAGUACAGGCCUCGGUGUAACGCUCAUUCCUUCGACGAUAAACGCGAAUCCGACCAUCACCCCUGGUGAGACAAAACCGCGACUCGUCAGUGAAGAGCACUUUUUGCCAGUCCUGUCAGGUCCAGCGACGGUGGGUUUGUGCCCAUAGGCAACAUUGUUGCCGGUGAUGUCUGGUGAGGACCUGCCUUACAACAGGCCUACAAGUCCUCAGUCCAGCCUAUUGCGGACAGUCUGAGCACUGAUGGAGGGAUUGUGCGUUCCUGGUGUAACUCGGGCAGUUGUUGUUGUUAUCCUGUACCUGUCCCGCAGGUGUGAUGUUCGGAUGUACCUAUCCUGUGCAGGUGUUGUUACAUGUGGUCUGCCACUGCGAGGACGAUCAGCUGUCCAUCCUGUCUCCCUGUAGCGCUGUCCUAGGCGUCUCACAGUACGGACAUUGCAAUUUAUUGCCCUGGCCACAUCUGCAGUCCUCAUGCCUCCUUGCAGCAUGCCUAAGGCACGUUCACGCAGAUGAGCAGGGACCCUGGGCAUCUUUCUUUUGGUGUUUUUCAGAGUCAGUAGAAAGGCCUCUUUAGUGUCCUAAGUUUUCAUAACUGUGACCUUAAUUGCCUACCGUCUGUAAGCUGUUAGUGUCUUAACGACCGUUCCACAGGUGCAUGUUCAUUCAUUGUUUAUGGUUCAUUGAACAAGCAUGGGAAACAGUGUUUAAACUCUUUACAAUGAAGAUCUGUGAAGUUAUUUGGAUUUUUUACGAAUUAUCUUUGAAAGACAGGAUCCUGAAAAAGAGACGUUUCUUUUUUUGUUGAGUUUAGCUAAAGUUGGUUAUAAAUGUAUAUGGAUGUAUAGCGCCAGGGCCCAUUUUGUUCUGUGUGUCCUGUCUAUAUGUCUAUAUCUGAGUGUAUAAUAUUGUUCUGUCUGUCCAGGUUGCUGUCUCAGUGUACUGAAUACUUUGAACUGCGAUGUCAACUACUGGAUGACCUGACCAGUGAGUUUACACACACACACACGCAUGCACACACACGCACCAACAGUUUUACAACACUGGCAUUGACACAUGAUGAAUGCUCCUGUCCCACACCCUCAGGUUCGGAGAUGGAGGUGUUGUCAGUGAGUGCGGCGGCCAUGUUGGAAGAUGAGAUCAGCUGGUUGGAUAACUUUGAGCCCAGCUGGAGCUCUGAGAUGGAGACCAGCGAGGCUGACAACAUCCUGCAGGCUGGACACCUCCGCCUCAUCAAAACACUACUGUCACUCUGUGGCACCGAGAAGGAACAACUGGGUGAGAACACACACAAGCAUGUUUUGAUACUUUGAUCGGGAGGUCGUACGACCAUCUGGAGCUCGUAGACGGUGUGUGUUCUGAAGUCUCUGUGUGUGUUCUUCGCAGGUCCCUCUCUGAUCCAGCAGAUGUUGGAUGACUUCCUGUUCCGAGCGUCUCGCAUCAUCCUGAACACGUCUAACCCUGCCUCUAGCUCCCCCCCCAGCCACGACUUCCACCCCAAGUGCAGCACGGCCAGCAGCAGACUGGCAGCCUACGAGGUGCUGGUGAUGCUGGCAGACAGCUCUGUGGCCAACCUACAGCUCAUCACCAGAGAACUGCUGUCCAUGCACCACCAGUCAGACCCCUCGCUCAGCAAGGAGUUUGACGUGAGUCUCACACACAUGCUUGCGCUCAUGCACACAGUUGCGUGCACACACACACACGACAAAGAAACACACGUGAAUGGAGAAAUGCUUGAUAGAACUGAAGUGUUACAGGUAUGUAAUGUUAUAAGAAAGAGUAAUAGGUCUGCUUGCUGUAGUCAGUCUACCGUCAACGUGUCUAACUCUCUCUCUUCUAUUCCCUCCCUCCGUGCCCCUCUCUCAGUUCCUCCCGCCGGUGGACAGUUGUUCUGUGUCAGGGUUCGUAGGGUUAAAGAACGGUGGAGCCACCUGCUAUAUGAAUGCUGUGUUUCAGCAGCUGUACAUGCAGCCUGGCCUGGCUGAGGCCUUUCUGUCUAUAGAGGACAACACACAGCAGCCAGACGAGAGUGUGUUCUGUCAGGUCCAGUCUCUGUUCGGACAUCUGAUGGAGAGCAAGCUGCAGUACUACGUUCCUGAGAAUUUCUGGAAGGUAUCUAAACAUGCGCACGCACUAUACACACACACUCAUUCUAAUACACAGUACAUACUUAACUAUGUUUCGGUCAAAAAUAACACAUGAAUGUGUUUCUGUAGAUCUUUAAGAUGUGGAAUAAGGAGCUGUAUGUACGAGAGCAACAGGAUGCCUAUGAGUUCUUCACUUCACUGGUGGACCAGUUGGACGAGCACCUCAAGGUAACACACAAUAACAAAAGACACUUGUCUUUUCCCACUUUUCCCUCCUCCACUAUUCACUACUAAACACGUUUGUACUAUAAUGUAACACAACACACACCUUUAUUAUUAUUGAGAUGUUGGGUCUGUCUUGUUUUUCAGAAAAUUGGCCGUGAACAGAUCUUCAAGAAUACUUUCCAGGGAAUCUUCUCUGAUCAGAAGAUCUGCAAAGACUGCCCUCACCGGUGAGCGCACACACACACACACACACAAACACACAAACAAUCAAAGGCAGCCAUCACUUCUAAACUCCUAACUAUAACCUCUGAUCCCUGAUCGUAGGUAUGAGCGAGAGGAGACGUUUAUGGCGCUGAACCUGGGUGUGACUUCCUGUCAGAGUCUGGAGAUCUCAUUGGACCAGUUCGUCAGGGGGGAGGUGCUAGAAGGAACCAACGCCUACUACUGCGAAAAGUGCAAGGAGAAGGUGUGUGUGUGUGUGUGUGUGUGUGUGUGUGUGUGUGUGUGUGUGUGUGUGUUAAUGUGUGUGCAAAGAGGGUGUUUAUUAAGUCGCUGUCCAGUGUUGUGUGUACAUGUAUGUUAACGUGGUGUGCGUAUCUCUACAGCGUACCACAGUGAAGCGGACUUGCAUAAAGUCCCUGCCCAGUGUUCUCUGUAUCCAUCUGAUGCGCUUCGGUUUCGACUGGGAGAGCGGACGCUCCAUCAAAUACGACGAGCAGAUCAGGUUUCCCUGGGUGCUGAACAUGGAGCCCUACACGGUGUCUGGCAUGGCUCGUCAGGAUGGGGGGGCGGAGGGGGGAGAUGGCCGGGCCGAGCCAGGGGGCUCACCCAGGAAGAAGGUGACCAUCUCAGAGAACUACGAACUGGUGGGAGUUGUAGUCCACAGUGGACAGGCACACGCUGGACACUACUACUCCUUCAUCAAGGACAGACGGUAAGAGACACACACACACUUUAGUGUUAUAAACAAAUAUCUCAUGUUUAAGACAAGUAACAUUUUUUUAUCACAAAUGAUCAACUUCUCAUCCUGUCCUCUCCCUCUCUGCUCUCCAUCCUUUCCUCUCCUGUCCUCAGCAGUGCUAGGGGAAGGUGGUAUAAGUUUAAUGACAACGUGGUCGAGGAGUUUGAUAUGAACGACGAGACUCUGGAGUAUGAGUGCUUUGGAGGAGAGUACCGGCCUAAGGUCUACGACCAGUGUAAGUCCUAUUUUACAGGUAGACCAAGUAGUGGAUGUCAAUAAAACUUUCUCAGCAGCAAAAGUUGUGGUGUCCCUCGAGUAGCGUCCUUGGUCCCCCUCGCUUCCAGUUCCUUCUGUACAUUAAAGUGGUAAUAUGUAACUUUUUGGGCGACCCGACCAAAUUCACAUAGAAAUGGGAGUUAUAGAUCAAUCAUUCCGCUUGAAAUCAAGUCUAAGAAGCAAUAUAUAUGUUCUAUGUGCGCUAUUUCUAUGCUUCCCUUUCUUAAGUUUUGUUUUUGAGUCUUUUACUUUGGGUUUUGUACACCAGUUUCAAACAGCUGAAACAACAAUAUUUUGGGCUAUGAGAAAUGUAUUUCACAGUGGUUUAGAUAGUACAAUGAUUCUCUACACUAUACUAGCUUAUUUUGUAACAAAAACUGAAAUUAGGCGAACUAUUCGAGUUUUAGCAACCAGUAAAUGGCGAAGCGAUUUCUGCAUAGUGCAACUUUAAUGACAUCAUGAAAGAUCAAACAUCCCAUUCUCUGUGUGUGUAGCUAACCCCUACCCUGACGUGCGGCGGCGGUAUUGGAAUGCCUACAUGUUGUUCUACCAGAGGAUCAGUGACCAGAACUCUCCUGUUCUCCCCAAGAAGAGCAGAGUCAGUGCCAUGAGGCAAGAGGCAGAAGACCUCACACUGUGAGUCACACACACACACACACACACACACACAGCCUAAAUAUACACACCUCAUACACACACACAACUCACACUUUAACCCUCUCUCUCCCCUGUAGUUCGGCACCCUCUAGCCCAGACGUCAGUCCCCAGUCGUCCCCUCGGCCCCCCAGGGCCAACAAUGACCGUCUCUCUGUCCUGACCCGCCUCGUACGGAAGGGAGAGAAGAAAGGUCUGUUUGUGGAGAAGAUGCCUGCUAGGAUCUACCAGGUAAAUACACUGGACUAGACCGGUUCGGUGGACCACGUUUUUUAUCAAUAACCUUGCCUGAGACCUGAAGACUUGUAAUAGCACACUGUGUUCAUGCCUAGGCUUGAACUCAGAUAGCUAACAAAGACAAACUUCUGUCUCUCUGUCUGUGUGUGUGUGUAGAUGGUGAGAGAUGAGAACCUGAAGUUUAUGAAGAACAGAGAUGUGUACAAUAGUGACUACUUCAACUUCACCCUGUCACUGGCCUCUGUCAACGCGGUACGUGUUUGUGACUGUUUGUGUGUGUAGGAUAAACAGAGACGUGUCAGCAUAAUUCAAGGUUGCGCCUGCCUCUCGAAGCUGUUCUUAUAAGCAAUGUGUGUUGUAUUGCAGACGAAGCUGAAGCACCCAGCCUACCAGGCCAUGGCCAGAGAGAGUCUCCAGUUGGCGGUCCACUUCCUGUUCCACACCUACCUCCACACCAAGAAGAAGCUGCGGGUGGACACCGAGGAGUGGAUGGCUACGGUGGAGGUGUUGCUGUCUAAAAGCAGUGAAGCCUGUCACUGGAUGGCUCAGUACCUGGUGGAACCUGAGGGACGAGAGAUCACCAAGUCAGUACUGCUAUAAUACUAUUAUACUACUGUAAUACACCUACACUCCACACAGAACCACUGCAGUACUUACAUAAUACUACUACUUGUAGUACUUACAUUACUACUCAUCAAUCCAACUGAUCUUCUCUUUCUCCCCCUCAUCUCUUCUCUUUCUCUCCUCCCCCCCAGGGUGUGUCUGUUGGAGUGUGGGGUGAGGGAGGUGAGGGUCGUAGUGGCAGCCAUCUUGGAAAAAACUUUAGAGAGUGCGCUCCACUUCGCUGACUCUGGAUUGGACAGCCUGACCGAUGCGCUCCUCUCCCUAUUGGACAAAGACGUUCCUGAGAACGUCAAACACUGCAACCAAUACUUCAGCCUCUUCAGCAACUUUGCUCAGAGGGUAACACACACAAGCACCAUAUAAACACAUUACACGCACACAUAGACAGACCCACUCUGAUAUCCAAUAUCUCUCUCUCCCAGGGCUCUGGUCCGUGCCAGUUGUUGUUGAAACACUCAGCGUAUCGUAGGAUGCUCAUCUUCCUCCUCGGACCCAACAGACAGAACAACCAGGUACGUACACACACAACACACACACUCAAUUCCUGCUAAUCUGCAGAGAAAUGAAUAUGACAAGAUGUUGUUGUUGAUGGUUCUGGAAGCUCAUCACCUUUUUCCCACUCUCUCUCUAUCUUGCUCCCGCUUCCUCUCUAUCCCUCUAUCGCUCUUUCAUUCUCUCGCUCUAGAAUCGGAGGUGGAGUCCAGCCCAGGCCAGAGAGUUCCUGCACCUGCACUCCACUCUGGCCCUGAUGACUCUCCACUCAGACCUCAACACACAGCACACACAUGGUAACACACACAUUACCACAGUUAGGAUGCUUCCAUAAUACGCUGAUGUGUGGAACCUGACGUGAUUGUGUGUGUUUCUCAGAUCAAGGUGUGUGUAAGCUGAAUGUGAGCAGUGUCCCUGCCUCCUCCCUCCUCCUCCACCUCAACGCUGACAUCAUGGCCUCGCUCUUCACCCCAGAGGGACAGCCUUACCUGCUGGAGGUAACACACACAGUCUCAUGCACACACACACAUACACAUUGACACAUCUAUAUGUAUUUUUUACUUUUUCCGUGUGUGUAGGUGAUGUUUGCAGUGCGGGAGUUGUCCGGCCCUCUGACUGUGCUGAUAGAGAUGGUGACGUACUGUUCCUUCUGUAACGAACCCUUCUCCCUCGGAGUACUACAGCUGCUCAAGGUAAGAACUACAACUCCCAGCCCUAAACAUGUCCAUUACCACAGAUAACUACAAACCCCAGCACAAAACACAGCCAAUACCAUUCUGAUCUCUGUGUGUGUGUGUAUAGACGCAGUUGGAGACUGCACCGCCCCAUGAGCUGAAGAACGUGUUCCAGCUGCUGCAGGAGCUGCUGGUGAGUGACCGCUGGCAAUCAAACCUGUCUGCAUGUCCUUGGAAACAAACAGAAUAAUGCUAGCUCCAGACUGUGUGUGUGUGUGUGUUCUCAGGUGGUGGAGGAUCCUCUUCAGACUCAGAGACUGAAGUAUGCCUUCGAGUCAGAGAAAGGCCUACUAGGUAGGCUACCUUCCACUCUUCACUGGGAUUGUGUGUGGGUGUGUGUGUGUGUGUGACUCUGUUCUCUUGUUUGCAGCAUUGAUGCACCAGAGUAACAACGUGGACAGCAGCCGCUGCUAUCAGUGUGUCAAGUUCCUGGUUACCCUGGCACAGAAGUGAGUUUCUCCAGAGACCGUUUUGCGAAAUAUGUUCAUGUCGCCGCCAUUGUGUCUCAGGCUGAAAAUGUUGAAUGGGGGUAGAUUUGACCGUUGCAGCAAAUACAUCAAAGUAAUGCAAAUGUUUCAGUUCUGUUAAAACCUCUAAUUUCACACUUCCUGUUUUCACAUAACGUGUUUGUGUGUGUGUGUCUGUCUCCAGGUGUGCUCCUGCUAAGGACUAUUUUAAAGACCUGUCUGGUCACUGGAGCUGGGCAGUGCAAUGGCUGCAGAAAAAGGCAAGCGUCAAGCACAAAAUAACACACACAAUCCAGCACUCUAUUUCAGACCUGUCUCUCAUAUGUACGUGUGAGUCACAGGAGGCUGCUGAGGGGACUCAUAAUAAUGGCCAGAACGGCGCAAAUGGAAUGGCAUCAAACACCUGGAAACUAUGAGUUUGACAUAUAUGAUACCAUUCCACUUAUUCCGCUCCAGUCAUUACCACGAGCCCGUUCUCCCCAAUGAAGGUGCCACCAACCUCCUGUUGUGUGAGUGCACAUGCAUGUGGCAUUUUGUGUGUGUGUGUGUGGGAGAGCAUAGAGUAUGCGUUAGAGUAACAAUGUGUUUCUCUGUCAGAUGUCGGAACACUACUGGACUCCUCAGAGCAACGUGUCCAAUGAGACGUCCACAGCCAAAACGUUCCAGCGCACCAUCUCAGCCCAGGACACCUUAGCCUAUGCCACAGCACUGCUCAACGAGAAGGAGCCGUCUGGCAGCAGCAACGGCUCUGACGGCAGUCCAGCCAAUGAGAACGCCGACCGCAGCCUCCGACAGGUACACACAGACAGUCUGACAGUGUGUUUAUGGAAAACUUUACAGAGGUAGAAUGUAUAAAGAGAACAGUAACGGCCCAAGAACAGAGAUAUUGUCACUUCUCAGAACGGGGCUCUAAAUCUAGGCUGGAGAGUUUCAUAUGAAUCGAUUUCAUAAACACUAUAUAUACUACCAUUCAAAAGUUUGGGGUCACUUAGAAAUGUCCUUGUUUUUUAAAAUAACAUCAAAUUGAUCUGAAAUGCAGUGUAGACAUUGUUAAUGUUGUAAAUGGCUAUUGUAGCUGGAAACUGCUUUUUGUAGGUAUUUUACCCCCUUUUUCUCCCCAGUUUCGUGGUAUCCAAUUGGUAGUUACAGUCUUGUCCCAUCGCUGCAAGCCGUGCGUCCUCCGAAACACAACCCAACCGAGCCGCACUGCUUCUUGACACAAUGCCCGUUUAACCCGGAAGCCAGCCGCACCAAUGUGUCGGAGGAAACACCAUACACCUGGCGACCGAGUCAGUGUGUACUGCGCCCGGCCCGCCACAGGAGGCGCUAGUGCGCAAUGGGACAAGAACAUCCCUGCCGGCCAAACCCUCCCCUAACCUGGACGAGAAACAGGAUCUCUAGUGGCACUGGGAUGCAGUGCCUUAGACCACCAAAUGGCUGAUUUUUAAUGGAAUAUCUACAUAGGCGUACAGAGGUGCUCAGUUGUGCACCGGAGCCUCCCACUCUUCUUUCUAUUCUGGUUAGAGCCAGUUUGCGCUAUUGUACGAGAACUUCAGUUUCUUGGCAAUUUCUCAAAUGGAAUAGCCUUAAUUUCUCAGAACAAGAAUAGACUGACGAGUUUCAGAAGAAAGUUAUUUGUUUCUGGACAUUUUGAGCCUGUAAUCGAACCCACAAUUGCUGAUGCUCCAGAUACACAACUAGUCUCAAGAAGGCCAGUUUUAUUGGUUCUUUAAUCAGCACAACAGUUUUCAGCUGUGCUAACAGAAUUGCAAAAGGGUUUUCUAAUGAUCAAUUAGCCUUUUCAAAUGAUAAACUUGGAUUAGCAAACACAACGUGCCAUUGGAACACAGGACUGAUGGUUGCUGAUAAUGGGCCUCUGCACGCCUAUGUAGAUAUUCAAUUACAAAUCAGCCGUUUCCAGCUACAAUAGCCAUUUACAACAUUAACAAUGUCUACACUGUAUUUCUGAUCAAUUUGAUGUUAUUUUAAUGGACAAAAAAAUUGCUUUUCUUUCGAAGACUUUUGAACGGUAGUUUAUAUGUCUUUCCUCUGAAAUGCCACGUCUCAUGUAAUCUCUCUCUCCCCUCUCUUUUUAUCUCAGGGUUCCGAGUCUCCCAUGAUGCUCGGUGAUUCAAAGAGUGAUCUGGAGGAUGUUGACCCUUAGAUCCGCCUAUCAGACACAAUCUUUACAAUGGCGAGACGGCACGGCUCCAGACAGCCAAUCAGACUGCUUUUCACCUCUGAUUGGCCAGAAUAUGGAGGGAGGGGCCCGCUACAGCCAAUCAGAACACUUAUUCUCCUGGUUGCUGGGGCAACGAAGGAUGCGUGAAUAA